AGUUUCGGCUCCGCGCUUCAAACACAAAGCCAAGGACAGCAGACGGCAGGCGCGCGCACGCAGAUACGAUGCUGCUCCCGGUGAAUAAUGUGCUGAUCGGCCUGCUGUGCCUGAGUCAUGCGAGCGGCGCGUCGGGUUUCGCCCGUCUGCAGGACGACGUGGAGCUGCGCUCGGCUUUCUCCGUCGCACGCACAAGCAGCAUGGAGGGCGGGCCGAAGAUGACGGUGACCUUUGACAGCGUUUAUGUCAACAUCGGCGGGGAUUUUGAUGCCAAGUCUGGCUUGUUUCGCUGCCGCAUCCCUGGCGCCUAUUACUUCUCCUUCACGGUGGGAAAGUUCCCACAUAAAGACCUGUCCGUGAUGCUGAUGAAAAACAGGAAUGAGGUGCAGGCCAUCGUGUACGAGGAAAAUGCCGGAGAGGAGAGGAAGGUGCAGAGUCAGAGCGUCAUGCUGCAGCUCGAGUUUGGCGACACCGUUUGGCUCCGCCUCCACGGCGACCCCCGCUACGCACUCUACAGCAACACCGGGCACUACACCACCUUCAACGGCUACCUGGUCUACCCCGACGUCUACGACUACCAGACGCACCACCACCAUCAGAACCACCCCGACUACAACUCCCAGCAGCCCCUGCAGGACAGCGUUCCCAACACGAGCGGCAAGCAGACCACAGAGCCCGUCAGGUCUGCGGCGAGAGACACGACGGAGGACAAGGAGCCGCCGCGCAAGGAGGAAGAGGAGGAGGACGACGAAGAGGCCGACGACGAGGAUGACCAGAGGUCCGCCUUUUCAGUGGGACGCACGCAGAGCAUUGUGGGAGUGGACCAGGUGGGCCUGCCGCAGCAUCAGCCGGUCAGCUUCGACACGGCGUUCGUCAACAUCGGAGAGGACUUCAAUGUGACGGAGGGGGUGUUCACCUGCCGCGUCCCCGGCGCGUACUACUUCUCCUUCAACGUGGGCAAGAUGCCCCAAAAGACGCUGUCCGUCAAGCUCAUGAAGAACCGCCUGGAGGUGCAGGCGAUGAUCUACGACGACAGCCAGGGCGAGAAGGCCCUGCAGAGCCAGAGCGUGAUGCUGUCGCUCAAACCAGGCGACACGGUCUGGCUUUACUCGCACCAGAGGGACGGAUUCGGUGCCUACAGCAACCACGCCAAGUACAUCACCUUCACUGGCUUUCUGGUUUACCCUGAUUUCCCUACCUCCACCUCCACCUCCACCUCCAGCAGCAGCAGCAGCAGCAGCAGCAGCAGCAGCCAGUCAUAUGCAGAAAAGAAGCCGUAGCUGCAGCACAUUAGUGAAGGACUGAACAUUGGGGGAGGAAUUGGUGUAAAAUGGAAAAACCUCAGUGUCUGCAGAAGGUAUUGGUCAUCCAUCACUUGUUGCCUCUGGGCUGUUUUUCCACUUAUUAUGAAUUCCUUCACCAAGUUACAAAGACUUUGGACUGAGUGUAGAGCUUAUAAAGAAAAUCUCUUCAAUUUUCAGCUAAUGGCUUCCCAGGAUUUGACUUAAUCCCACUCAAAUGUGAAUAUUUUGCUUUGUAAUGAAACUUCAGUCAUUACACGCUCACU